GGGGCGGGCGAGGGGAGGCGGGGUGGGGGUCCUGCCUGCGGGGGGAGCCUGGGCCGCCCCUUGUCCGGCCACCCCCACUGCCCAGUCCCGCUCCCGGCCGCGGCGGCCGCAGCAGCCGCAGCAGCAGCGGCCCCAGGAUGGUGAGCGCCGCUGACCCCCAGCCCUGGCCCGUCGCCCCCGGCCCGCGCUUCCGCCCCGGUCCCUGGGCCGGACGCCCCCCCAGGCCGCGCACACUCACCUAGGACCCGGCCGGGAUGCCGAGGUGCUCUUGCUGGAUACCGGCACUUCCAAGUGCACACGGACCCAAGGCUGCACACACUCUUGCUUUCUGGUGUGUCUCCAGGCUCCUUUUGCUACCAGGUUUUUCAACUUGAACACAGGUGCUGGGGCCUGGCCUCCCUUCCUUUUUUUGUUCAACCCUGUCCUUAUACACUAAGAUUUAGACCAGAUCUUUGUCCUUUCCCUUGCUGGGCUUGAGGGGAAUGUAACACUCUAGAACCCAGCUCAGCAGAAGUUGCUGGAAGAACAGCUCUUGCCUCCCUGCUAUCCUAAAGGCCAUGUAACAGGUCAUGGUCACCACGUGUAGACAGACAUCCUCAAAAGAAGUGGUUCAGAGCCUGGCUGGCAGUUAGUGGGGACCUAGGGUCAAGGGAAGUCAUCUUGGAGAUAUGAAGAGUACACUCACCAGGGGGAAGGACCUGGUGUACAGCAGUUAGGCUGGACUGAUGAUCCUGUGCUAGCUCGAGAUGGGGAUCUAUUGAGGUGGGUGGACCGUCAAGCUUUUGGUCACGAGGUGGAUACGGACGCAGAUAAGAGUGAAAACAGGAGCCAUGGUUUCGUGUUUCUUUUUUUCCUGGCUAACGUGGGGAGACCUUGACCUGAAGUGUUUGAGGAGAGCCAGCGAAUGAGUGGUAUAGGUGCCAUGUCAAGCACGGGGUCUCCUGCAGAGGAAAUUGAGGGCCGAAUCAGUCUAGGAGAACCCGUCAAAGUGGAAACCUGGGAUCCUUAGUCCGAUGAGUGAGCGCCAGCGCUGCCUAGCGGAGGACUUGGGUGAAGACUGCUGGAGCCAAGGCUGGACACUCUGUUGAAGAUGCACUGGACACCGGAACACGCCCAGCCCCUAAACCAGUGGCCAGAGCAGCACCUGGACGUCUCCUCCACCACUCCGUCGCCGGCUCACAAGUUGGAGUUGCCUCCAGGGGGUCGCCAGCGCUGCCACUACGCUUGGGCACACGACGACAUUUCCGCCCUCACAGCCUCCAACCUCCUCAAGCGCUACGCCGAGAAGUACUCCGGAGUCCUGGACUACGAGCGCCCGGGCCUGGGCAGCUACGGUGACGCCGCCUUCCUCAACGGUGCCAAAGGGGACCCGGAGCCCUGGCCCGGGCCAGAGCCACCUUACCCUCUAGCCUCGCUCCACGAAGGCCUCCCGGGAGCCAAGGCGGCUGGCGCGGGUGGCUCCGCCGGCCUCGGGGGCUCCCCGGUAGUAGCUGGCAACCUGACUGAGCCGCUGUACACGGGCAACGCGUGCGGGGGACCGUCGGCGGCCACUGAGUACGCGGCGGGCUACGGAGGCGGGUACCUGGCGUCCGGCUACUGCGCGCAAACGAGCGCCGCGCUCGCCCCGCCGCCCCCGCCCGCGCUGCUGCAGCCAGCGCCGCCGCCCGGCUACGGCCCCUCGGCGCCGCUCUACAACUACCCGGCGGCCGGCUACGCGGCGCAGCCCGGCUACGGGGCGCUCCCGCCGCCCGCCGCGCCGCCCGCGCCCUACUUGCCCUCCGGGCUGGCGGCGCCCACGCCCCUGCCCGCGCCCGCGCCACCCCGGCCCGCGCCCUACGGCUUCCCCGCGGCCGCCGAGGGCGUGUCGCUGAAGCGCAAGGCGGUGGACGAGGGCGCGGAAGCCCGCUACCGCAAGUACGCUUACGAGCCGGCCAAGGCCCCCGCGGCCGACGGCGCCUCCUACCCCGCCGCGGACGACACCGAGUGUCGGGGCAACGGGUUCCGUUCGAAGCCACCCGGGGCGACGGAGGAUGGGACCGGCAAGUACGGCGGCGGCGGCCCUCUCAAGGUCCUGGGCUCCCCCGCCUACGCGCCGCAGCUCGAGCCCUUUGACAAGUUCCCGGAGCGGGUCCCGGCCGCCCACGGAGGCUUCGCGGAGCCGUCGGGGGAGCCCGCCAAGGGCGUGGACCCGGGGGCGCUGGAGCUGGUGAGCAGCAAGAUGGUAGACUGCGGGCCCCCAGUGCAGUGGGCGGAUGUGGCGGGCCAGGGCGCGCUCAAGGCGGCCCUAGAGGAGGAGCUGCUUUGGCCCUUGCUGAGGCCGCCCGCCUGUCCCGGCAGCGCGCUCCCGCCGCGGACCGUGCUGUUCUUCGGGCCCCGCGGCUGCGGUAAGGCGCUGCUGGGGCGCUGCCUCGCCACCCGACUAGGUGCCACGCUGCUGCGCCUGCGCGGAGCCGGCCUGGCGGCCUCGGGCGCCGUCGAGGGCGCGCGCCUCCUGCAGGCGGCCUUUGCUGCUGCGCGCUGCCGCCCGCCCGCUGUGCUGCUCAUCAGCGAGCUGGACGCGCUGCUGCCGGCGAGGGACGACGGCGCGUCCCUGCGGGCGCCUCUACUGACCUGCCUGGACGGCAGCUGCGGCGCGCGCGCCGACGGCGUGCUGGUGGUGGGUACCACCUCGCGGCCGGCGGCCCUGGACGAAGCUACCCGCCGGCGGUUCGCGCUGCGCUUCUACGUGGCGCUGCCCGACGGCGCGGCGCGCGGGCAGAUCCUGCAGAGGGCGCUGGCUCAGCAGGGCUGUGCGCUGAACGAGCGGGAGCUGGCCGCCCUGGUGCAGGGAACUCAGGGCUUUUCUGGGGGCGAGCUGGGGCAGUUGUGCCAGCAGGCAGCGGCCGAGGCGGGCAUCUCUGGACUGCAGAGGCCCCUCUCCUACAAAGAUGUGGAGGCUGCUCUAGCCAAGGUGGGCUCUCGGGCUCCCUCCAAGGAGCUGGACUCGUUAGUUGAGUGGGACAAAAUGUAUGGCUCCGGACACUGAGGGUGGCAGGGGAGGCCAACUCUGCCUGGGGGUGCGGGGGGGUGAUGUCUUUGGCCAAAGGAGUGAUGAAUGUGGGGCGGGGAGAGGGCGGGCUCUCCCGGUGGAUUUUUUUUUUUUUAAAUGGGAAGGAAAAUGCUUCUGCCAGGCAGAUCGAUGCCAUAUGCACCGGUGUACUCAGGUUUUUUUUCCUAUUUAUUGUGGACGGGAAGUUCGCCAUCUCCGCUCGGCAGACUGGCCAUACCCGACAUGAGUUGGCACCAGGGCCUAAGGAACUCCUGCUCUCUCUCCCCGCAACCUUUGUCUCUUGUCCUCUGAGCGACAUCCUCCUUUCCCAUUCUACUUUCUCAGUAUUGGCUUAGUUUUUCUUCUCAUGGUUGUGUCACUGACCCCUCCCCAUGCUGUCUCUGUUCCUUUUCAGCUCUUCCUUCUGGUCCCCAUCCAUCACCUUCUGUGCUUGUCUCUGUCUCCUGGACCCUGUGCUUUAACCCUCCCUCUCUCAUUGUUCUGAUUCACACCACAGCGACUCUUGGCGGAAGUUCUUUUGGCCCAGAGGCUGAGAAGGGGGGUGGGGGACAGGGAGCCCCAACCCCCUCCGUACUUUACCCACCUGAAAUCUUGGGGCCUUAGGGGGUGGGACAAGGAUUAAAAAACCACCCAAAGAAGGCUUCCCCCCCCCUUUUUGGUUUGUUCAUUUUUGAGGGGAAGUCCCAGAAAUGUAGGUUGCUUAAUAUUUUAGGCCUCUUAUUUUUGUAAGAUGUGUAGGAUUUGCUGUUUUUCGUUUUAUUUUGACAACUCAGGAAGAAACUGACCUCAGAAAGAAUGUUAGAGUUUGGCUGCUCUCCUGUUACCCCCAACCCCGUCCCUGGGGAGCAGAUUCUCCCAGACCAGAGAGAUUUGGGGCUAAUGAGGAAAGACCAGACCCGAGCCCCAGACUGCUGUCCCUGGGAUAGACGCAGAAUGUAUCUAGGGGCUUUCUCCCCAGGCCCAGCUUGCAAGCAAGAGGAUGGGGCAGAGGCUCCAGGGGGUGCUGCUUGCUGCCUUCUUACCAUUCUUCCCCGUGGGCCCCAGUCCUCAGCUUCCGGUGGUCUGUGAACCUUGCAGAGAGUUGGGGUGCUCUUGUCCAUUCAGCUGGGCAGAAGGUUCUCAGGCCAUCUGACUGGAAGCAGGUUCUGUCAGAGGUGCUCAAUAACAGGCUAAGAGGAUUGCCUCUGGCGUGAACGUGGUCUAGCCACAAGUCUGGCUGGACACAACAUUGACUACUAGGAGCCAGGCACCCUGUGACGAGACAGAGCACUGCCCUGGAAAGGGUUCUGUGUCUCUGUGUGGGGUGUCUACUUGUCCCCAUGGAGCUCUGGGUCUAAACUGAGGGCCUGGAGGGAACUGGGUGCUUUCCUGUGACGUUAGUCCAGACUUCUCUGCAAACCACAUCCCUCCUGCUCCUUCUCUUGAUAAGGCUCUUUGGUCCCCUCAGGCCAUUUCACACUCUUUGGUGCAAAGAAGGUACACCCCCUAUCUUUGUCCCACCUUAGCCCCCCUACCCCUUGCCCCUACAGCUCCUAGAUCCCUUCAUGUUCUAGAUGCUGAGAAUACCAUGAGAGACAUGGCAGGAGCAGGGGCAGGGUGCUGAGGGCAGGUGUGAGGAGUGUGAACAGGAGAGCUACUAUGUCUCCUUCAUCCUUGUUCUCUCCAAGCCUCUCUCUGGAGCCAGCCGACCAAGUACAGGGCUUGAUGCUUCAGAGCAAGUGGCCCAGGGUGAUACUGCAGAUGAUCCUCGGUGGGGCCUAGAGUAAGGGAGUUCUCUCAGGUCUGGGGUGGGGGUGGGGAUACCGGUGCAGGAAAGUGGGGGGGGGGUGGGCUGGGUUAGGAGUACAUGGACCCACCGCUGGGGUCCCCACACUUCCUUUGCUGGGCUCUUUCUGUUCCCGGUUUGGAAGCUUUGCACAAGAAGACAGCCCCCGGCUGCAGCACCUACCUCACGAGCAUGGGGCAGGAUGGCAGGGCGGGUCUAGCCCUAGCAAUGUUGGGGGGCAUACCAAAGAAUCCAGGGAUGGAGCGCAGGGGAGGGCACACCGGCCCUCCACUCCCUCUGCUAACAUUGGGUUGGGAUCCUCUCUCGGUUGUAACCCAUUUCUACCUCAUUUUGCUGUGUGUUGUACAUGGACAUAUUUAUCUCCUAUCUGAUGAUGUUCUGCAGUUGUGGCCUGUCUACCUCAGAAGACACUGUAUUUUAAAAGAAGAUAUUACACAGUAUUAAAGUUAUGAUGUGUGGCA